AUGCCAGUAGGGUUUGCCAGGAGUGGUGUCAUUUGUUAUCGUUGUAAUCAGCCGGGUCACUACAAGUCAGAGUGUCCACAGACAUCGGUUAAUUCUGGGGCUUGUUUUGGUUGUGGCCAACAGGGCCAUAAGGUUAAGAAUUGUCCUAAUCAGGGAGCAGGCACCGGUAGUGGAAGAGGGUCACAGCAGAGGCCGUCACAGUCGGCUACGGUUCAGUCAGGUUUCAGACCACCACCAUCACAACCUGCCAUGUCCUCUCAGAGUUCACGGCCAGUUAGGAGGGAUACUCCUACUAUGUCUUCUAAGGUCACAGAGAGGCAAUGA